GCGGUGACGGAGGCUGCCGCCCGGCCGACUGAGGCGGGGGCGUCGGGAGCGUCGGGAGCGUCGGGGGGCGGGGGCGGGGGCGGGGCGGGCGGGAGGGAGGGAGGGCGGCGGGGCCGGCGGCCCGGGGACCCAGCCGCGCGCACGGAGCCGGCCGCGAGAUGGAGGGCGACGCGCCGCAGCGGGGGAGCGAGCGCGUGUCGGGUCCCGGCCCCGGCGGCGGCGGCGGAAUGAUCCGCGAGCUGUGCCGGGGCUUCGGCCGCCACCGCCGCUACCUGGGCCGCCUGCGACAGAACCUGCGCGAGACCCAGAAGUUCUUCCGCGACAUCAAGUGCUCGCACGGCCACGGUUGUCCCUCCCCCUCCACGGGCGGCGGCGCGGCGGGGACGGCGGCGGGGACGGGCGGGCGCGGCCCUGCCGGCGACGUCGCCGAGACCGGGCUGCAGGCGGGCCAGCUGAGCUGCAUUGCCUUCCCACCUAAGGAAGAGAAGUACCUCCAGCAGAUUGUGGACUGCCUUCCCUGCAUCUUGAUCCUCGGCCAGGAUUGUAAUGUCAAGUGCCAGCUGUUGAACCUGCUGUUGGGGGUGCAGGUGCUUCCCACCACCAGGCUGGGCAGUGAGGAGAACUGUAAGCUUCGACGCCUCCGCUUCACCUAUGGGACUCAGACUCGGGUCAGCCUGGCACUCCCCGGCCAGUAUGAACUAGUUCACACGUUAGUUGCUCACCAGGGCAACUGGGACACCAUCCCUGAGGAGGAUUUGGAGGUCCAAGAGGACAGUGAGGACGCUGCCCAUGUUUUAGCUGAACUGGAGGUGACGAUGCACCACGCUCUCUUACAGGAUGUGGACAUUGUGGUAGCACCGUGCCAAGGCCUCCGGCCUGCAGUGGAUGUUCUGGGUGACUUGGUGAAUGAUUUCUUGCCUGUGAUAACCUAUGCACUCCACAAAGACGAACUGUCUGAGAGAGAUGAGCAAGAACUUCAGGAAAUCCGAAAGUAUUUCUCCUUUCCCAUAUUCUUUUUCAAAGUGCCGAAGCUGGGCUCGGAGAUCAUUGCCUCAUCUACCAGAAGAACAGAGAAUGAAAGAUCACCCCUCCAUCACCAGCUGAUGGACCUGGGCUAUCUGAGCAGCAGUCACUGCAACUGUGGGGUCCCUGGCCAAGACACUAAAGCUCAGAGCAUGUUGGUGGAGCAGAGUGAGAAACUGAGACACUUGAGCACAUUUUCUCACCAGGUGCUACAGACUCACCUGGUGGACGCAGCCAAGGCCCUGAACCGGGUGCACUGCCACUGCCUCGACAUCUUUAUUAACCAGGCCUUUGACAUGCAGCGGGACCUGCAGAUCACUCCCAAACGUCUGGAGUAUACUCGAAAAAAGGAAAAUGAAUUGUAUGAAUCAUUGAUGAAUAUUGCCAACCGAAAGCAGGAGGAAAUGAAGGACAUGAUUGUUGAGACGCUUAACACCAUGAAGGAGGAACUUCUGGAUGAUGCUGCCAACAUGGAAUUUAAAGAUGUCAUCGUCCCUGAGAACGGAGAGGCAGUGGGCACCAGAGAACUCAAGUGCUGCAUCCGGCAGAUCCAGGAGCUCAUCAUCUCUCGGCUCAAUCAGGCUGUGGCCAACAAGCUGAUCAGUUCGGUGGAUUACCUGCGCGAGAGCUUCGUGGGCACCCUGGAACGCUGUCUGCAGAGCCUGGAGAAGUCCCAGGAUGUCUCCAUUCACAUCACCAGUAAUUAUCUCAAACAGAUCUUAAAUGCCGCCUAUCACGUUGAAGUUACAUUUCACUCAGGGUCCUCGGUUACAAGGAUGCUGUGGGAGCAAAUCAAACAGAUCAUCCAGCGCAUCACGUGGGUAAGCCCACCUGCCAUCACGCUGGAGUGGAAGAGGAAGGUAGCCCAAGAAGCCAUCGAGAGCCUUAGUGCCUCCAAGUUAGCCAAGAGCAUCUGCAGCCAGUUCCGAACUCGGCUCAACAGUUCUCACGAGGCUUUUGCAGCCUCCUUGAGGCAGCUAGAAGCUGGCCACUCAGGUCGGUUGGAGAAAACAGAAGAUCUGUGGUUGAAGGUUCGAAAAGAUCACGCCCCACGCCUGGCUCGCCUUUCUCUGGAAAGCCGUUCUUUACAGGAUGUCUUGCUACAUCGUAAACCGAAACUAGGGCAGGAGCUGGGCCGGGGCCAGUAUGGUGUGGUAUACCUGUGUGACAACUGGGGAGGACACUUCCCUUGUGCCCUCAAGUCAGUCGUCCCCCCAGAUGAGAAGCACUGGAAUGACCUGGCUUUGGAGUUUCACUACAUGAGGUCUCUGCCGAAGCACGAGCGCUUGGUGGAUCUGCACGGCUCGGUCAUAGACUACAACUAUGGCGGCGGCUCAAGCAUCGCCGUGCUGCUCAUCAUGGAGCGGCUACACCGGGACCUCUACACGGGGCUGAAGGCUGGGCUGACGCUGGAGACCCGUCUGCAGAUAGCUCUAGAUGUGGUGGAGGGGAUCCGCUUCCUGCACAGCCAGGGACUUGUCCACCGUGAUAUCAAGCUAAAAAAUGUCCUGCUGGACAAGCAGAACCGUGCCAAGAUCACCGACUUGGGAUUCUGCAAGCCAGAGGCCAUGAUGUCAGGCAGCAUUGUGGGGACGCCAAUCCAUAUGGCCCCUGAACUUUUCACAGGAAAGUACGAUAAUUCGGUCGAUGUCUAUGCCUUCGGCAUUCUCUUCUGGUAUAUCUGCUCAGGCUCUGUCAAGCUCCCUGAAGCCUUUGAGAGGUGUGCCAGCAAAGACCAUCUCUGGAACAACGUGCGGAGAGGGGCCCGGCCAGAACGUCUUCCUGUGUUUGACGAGGAAUGCUGGCAGUUGAUGGAAGCCUGCUGGGACGGUGACCCGUCUCAGAGACCUCUCUUGGGCAUCGUCCAGCCCAUGCUCCAGGGCAUCAUGGAGCGGCUAUGCAAGUCAAAUUCUGAGCGGCCAAACAGAGGACUAGAUGAUUCUACUUGAAAGCAGAGACCUUUCUCUUUUACUAUUUCUUUCCUUCCCCUCACCUUUUGGUCAUGGGAAGAAUUUGACAUUUAUUCAGAGAGCUCCCGAGGGAACUGAUGCUUGUUGAGCAGCUUGAGACCUUUCCAGGCAGAGUUGCCUCCCGGAUAGUGAAGAGUUGGCUGGCUGUUGGGGCACAUUCAGCAGCUCACUGAUGUCCCAAGCCAUCCCAUUAGUAAAAGAUUGUCUAGGAUGUGUAAAUGCUGAAGAACGCAAUGUUCCAGGCUCAGAACUGAAAAGGAGGCAAAUGUACCAUUGUCUGUUCACUGUAUGUUGCUAAGACAGGUGGGGCACUGCAGUGGCAAUAGUAUUAAAAACUAUAUUUUCAUAA